AUGCCGAAGUUCGCUUUGUGCGGCCGUGAAAAGGUCGUCCGGCGGAAGCUCGUGCUUUUGGGUGAUGGCGCGUGUGGCAAGACUUCGCUGUUGAACGUGUUCACGAGAGGCUUCUUCCCUACUGUCUACGAACCAACCGUCUUUGAGAACUACGUUCACGAUAUAUUCGUUGAUGGAGUCCAGCUGGAAUUGUCCCUGUGGGACACUGCGGGACAGGAGGAGUUUGACCGUCUGCGCGCCUUAUCAUACGAUGAUACCCAAGUCAUAAUGCUUUGCUUUAGUGUCGAUAGCCCCAAUUCCUUAGAAAACGUGCAGUCAAAAUGGCUGGCGGAAAUCGCCGAGAAUUGCCCAGCUGCCAAAAUCGUUCUUGUCGCCCUAAAGUGUGACCUUCGCGAAGAAACCGAAGAGAAGGAUGAAGAAGACGAGAACGGAGAGCCCCGCCAGUUGGUCACAUACUCACAAGGCCUCGAGGUCGCCAAGAGUAUAGGAGCGUUGAGAUACUUAGAAUGCUCUGCGAUGAGGAACCGCGGCGUAAACGAAGCUUUUACCGAAGCAUCGAGGGUCGCAAUCACUGUCCGCCCAGCGAAAUCAGACAGUGGCGCGAAAUGUGUGAUUCAGUAA